UCCAAGAACCUCCAGAGGCAGGGGAGAGAUGGUCCCUAAAGGAUGCCCAUGGGCAGCACACAGACUUCUCGGUAACAACAGAGAAAGUCAGAAGACAGUCAAAUUAUGCCUCCAAAUAGGAAGAAGAGGUCAACCUAGAAUUGUGUGUCCAGCAGGACAAGCUUUAAAGAUGGAGCACAUGAUAAAGAUCUUUUUACAUAGGUACAGGCUGAGAUCCCUUAUGAUGGCCAGCCUACCAAGGAAGGAAAUUGAGAAUGAGGCAUGGAAGAGGAGGAAGAAUGACCCUCCAGAAGGACAAGAGACCUUCCGAAAAGACAGUGAUCAAGACACUUGGUAUGAAAUGCAGUUGACCCAAGAAAAAAUCAAAAGAGACUUCCUCAGGCUCUUUCCCCACCUGCAGAAGGACUGGAACUCUAAAUCUGAACAAUUGCCCUUCCUGCAGAUAAGUGUUGGUUCUGAGAGUUUUAUUUACCGAGCUCUGCUACCAUGCUCUCAACUAUCCUCUGGGUUUUCAGGUCUCUGGGGAGGUUCAGGCAUCCCUGGCACUGCCUGGAACAGGUGCCUCAUCUCUGCCAGCACCCACAUGGUAGGCUGCAGGUGCCUCUCCUCCGCCCAUCCAACUGUGCUCACCUUUCCAUUAUACCUUUACUGGAUGCUCUGAUACCCACCAAGAUGCCCUUUUAGAACUGAAGGACUUAUUUCCCCAGAUGCUCAUGUCAGCUGUCAGCCUAACUCAGGUAUUGCUAUGGUUGAAAGAGUCACCUUGCCCAAGGUCAUGCCUCUUUGUGUUCAGCCCACAUCCAACAGUUGGUCAAUAAUAGGAGCAUAAAGGCACAGCA